GCGUCUUGAACAGAGCUCCCAUUCCUCUGGUUUUCCUGACCCAAAACCUGUAAAAGCCAUAUAUAUCAUGACUCUGAAUUUAUCCUCUCCACGCCCCUCUUACUUCCCGCCUCCUCACUUCACUAAACCAUUCCAAACCCCUCCGAUUUCGAACUGCUAUAACAACACUCUCUUUACUUUUGUAUUCCGCAGUGGUUCUGUUCCCUCUGUUCUGAUCAAAACAGGGCCAUUGAAUUCUAGAGCUUCCUUGAGGGAAACCCAGAACAAUGCCGCCGAAGCUCUGGAACUGAUUGCUCUGACUCUGAGUAAAGAAAGAAACGGCGGUGUUGUUGAAGGUCAUGAUUGUCGUUCGAUUAUUAAGGCUGCACUUGAUCGCAACAAUGCUGACUUGGCUUUGUCUGUCUUCUAUGCCAUGCGGUCCAGCUUCGACACAGAUAUUGGUGAUAGUGGGCCUUUGGUUGAUACAUGGAAAUGGUGUAGACCUGAUGUGGGUGUCUACAUGUUAUUAGUUCAGGGUCUUGCGGCAUCAUUGAGGGUCUCAGAUGCUCUUAGGAUAAUAAAUGACAUUUGCCAGGGUGGAGUGUCUCCUGGUGAGGAGGUUCCUUUUGGAAAGGUUGUAAGGUGUCCAACUUGUAGGAUUGCUGUUGGUGUUGCUCAACCACAACAUGGCAUUCAGAUUGUAUCUUGUGCAAAAUGCCGCUACCAGUAUGAGCUUUUCUCUGGAAAUGUAAUUAGUGUUGACUCAGAAAAAAUCAGCAUGGAGAUUCCAGCAUGGAAAAGGGGACUAAAGUCUCUACCGAUAAUCAAAGAAAGCAUUCCUGCUGCUGUUCACUCUAUUGUGGUACAGACUCCUUCUGGGGUGGCACGUACACAAAGGUUUGCCUCUGAAACAGUUGAUCUCCCAGCGCAAGAAGGUGAAAGGGUAACUCUUGCUUCUGCUGCUCCUUCAAAUGUUUAUAGAGAAGUGGGGCCCUUCAGAUUUAGUCCCAAGGCCCCCAAUUUCUACCCUGGAGAACCUAUGUGCCUAACAAACCAUAAUGAUGGCCGGGAAUCUCUAUUACUGAGGGCCCCUGCAAAAGAUGGAAAUACAUCCUUACUUAACCCUUCCUUUCUCAUCCCACUUGUCAUUGUUCUGGCUGCUGGAGAUGCUGCCUCCGGAAUAAUAGAUCCCAGCUUGCCUCAGUUGCUGCCUGUUGUGGCCAUAGGAUCACUUGCUUGUGGAGCAGCCUUAAAUACUGUGGUUUUCCCUCAGUUGAAUCAGCUUCCCCAGAGAUCAGUAGAUGUUAUUGCUAUCAGGCAGCAGCUUUUAUCUCAAUAUGAUGUACUUCAGUCUCGUAUUAAAGAUCUUAGAGAAGCUGCUGUAAAAGAGGUCUGGACAUUGGCUCGGAUGUGCCAACUGGACAACAAAAUAUAUGCUGUGGGAGAAACUUCUUAUCGUGCACGUAGAAGUAGAAUCAAAAGGGUGCGAGAAGGCUUGGAGAAUUCCCUCAGGGGAAGGAUUGAACUUAUUGACAGUUAUGCAAGGAUUUCUUCAAUGAUUGAAAUUGAAGUGGAAAUGGACUCUGAUGUUCUUGCUGCUGAAUCAGCAAGCUCAGCAGAAACCAUUGCUGAACAGAUACAACAAAUCAUGGAAUUGGAGAAUCUUGAAGAGAAAUGGAGAUUCCAAGCUGAAGCAAAUGAUGAAGCAGAAAGACUCCUAAGUUCCCAACCUAUGCCAGCAGAAGACAUAAAGAUAUCUGAGGUGUAAUUCAUUUGCUUCAAGUGUUGCAAUAGUUUAACAUCAAAAUCUCAUGGAGCAUCAUCACAUUCACAUGGUUUAUUUGGACAAUUUGAAAGUGGGGCAUUGAAUCCUUUUACAAAGACAGCAUAUUUGAUGCCAGAUUGAAGAUUUUUUAGCAGCUAUCAACAAUCUCAGCAUAUCCUUGUGGAUGCAAUCUGUGUGCAUAAAUGAAGAAAUUGGGCUGGUCAAAUCUCAACAACUCAAUGAGUUAACCCCCAAACUCAUAUAUGUAUAAAUAAAUACUAACAUCAUUAUGUAUGUCUUCUGAAAUCAUGAAAUAAUCUCCUCCCUUGUAGAUUUUGCAAUGUUAAAGAUGCACCAAGGUUUGGGGGGUGUUCCCAUUUGUUUAGUUUUUGUGUUAAAAGAGUUCAUGGAAAUUGGAUGAAAAGUUGUAUGCAGUUGCAUUCUCAACUUUAGGUGAUGCUGAUUUCCAGCUGCCUAGCUGUUAGAUACGAGGAAAGAACAUGCAAAUCUAGCUUUGUUUUGUUGGCACAUCAUCUAUUGUCAUUGCUGUUGGUCCAAGUAAAGUAAUCCAAUCUGG